AUGUCGCAGCCUUCCCCGAACUCCCCGCUGCUCCCCCAUGCCGCGGGGCUUCUCGCUCGGUCUAGCCUCUUGUGGAGGACCGGGGCUAUCCUAGGCGCAUUCGGAACUCACGGACUUCAGAAGAGGCCUGGCAUGACCGCCCAAAGCUGCAUGCAUGGGAGACGGCCUCCAAUCUACAAUGGCUUGGCACUCCUUGCUGUGUCGAUGCAUCCUAGGUUUGCUAUCCACAGGUUCGCAGGUCCUGCUAUUGCUCUGGGAAGCGCCGUGUUCUCCGGCAGCAUCGUUGCUCUAGUGCUGGGCGGGGACAGGUUCAAAUGGAUGGGUCCUGUCACUCCCAUGGGGGGCUCCGUCAUGAUUGCCGGGUACAUUGCUCUUGUGCUUUGA